GCAUUAAGCUAACCAGAAACGGGCAGAGUGGCACACUUCCGAAUCCUAGCUCGCUAGCUAACCCGGCUAGCUAGGUUAACGUUACCCAAGCGAAUGGUGUGUCAGCGUUUGCUGUUGGUGAAUUUAAUUUAAUAAGUCGUCCAGUAUGAGGGUUAUACUGAAGGACACGUAGUUAUGGUACGAACACGUCGCUUCAUGCGUUGACAAAGAGUUUCCGUACAUGUACGUUAAUUCUACAAGCUAGUCGUGUAGCGUUAGCGUUUUCAUUCUGUCUAACGUACUCGUGAAGUGCACUUUCUAAUUGAAGCAGUCAACGAUAACGCACUGCUCAGCAUGACAUAACGCAUUCACUGUAGGGUUAAAACUUGCUGUCACAUACACAUAAACCAUAAGAGUGCUGCAGAAGCCCGUAAAGGUUUAAGGGAACUAUUUUGAAUGACUAUAGGUUGCGUUCAAUUAACGUUGUUGGCUAGGGUGCACCUGUGUUAAAGCCAGGAUACAUACAACUCCUAACUGAGCCUCAGUCUGGUGAAGAUAAUUGACACAGUCACCUAAAUAUGCCAAGGUGUAUGUACAGUAUCACAACCUUUGUAGCCUAUGUGAAAUGUUUUAUUUUUACUUUAUCAAACAAACCACAUAGUUAACAAUCCAGCAACCAUUUCAGAGCAGAGCAUUUACAAAAUUUUGUUUUGCAAAUGAUGAUGCAGUAAAGAGCUCCAUAUUUUACAUCUACUUCUGUAAUACCUGAGUUACAGUGUCUUUCUGCAGUUGCACUCCAUGCUAACUUUGCCAAAGCUCAGUACAAAUGCUUUAAACUGCAUUUUCUGCCUCUUUUAGAUUAUUGAGAGGAGUAUAUGCAAUAUUUUGUGAUGUUUUGUCCACUCCAUUUGCAGGUAGAUACAGUUUUAGACUCACCUUUCAAUAUAAUGCGAUGCAGUUUGACAGCUCCACAAACUACAGUCUCAAAGACCAUAAAGUUUUUGACCAUAAAGUUGCUAAACACCUCUCCCUCCAAAACAGUUUCAUCGGAGCCGACCAUUAAAACCUUCAUGAAGGUGAGCACUAGUGAGGAUGACGAUGCCGCAUGUAGGGGCAGUAUUUGGAGCAAUAGCAGGAGUGAUGGCCAUCUUGUUGCACUCCUCGAUUCAUAAGAUUGAGGAAGGACACCUUGCCGUGUACUACAGGGGUGGGGCGUUGCUGACUUCUCCCAAUGGUCCUGGAUACCACAUUAUGCUGCCUUUCAUUACCACCUACAGAUCAGUGCAGACUACUCUCCAAACUGAUGAGAUCAAGAAUGUGCCUUGUGGAACAAGUGGCGGUGUGAUGAUCUACUUUGACAGAAUAGAAGUUGUUAACAUGCUGGUCCCUACAGCAGUGGUGGAAAUUGUGAGGAACUACACGGCUGAUUAUGACAAAACUCUAAUUUUCAACAAGAUUCACCAUGAACUCAACCAGUUCUGCAGUGUACACACACUACAAGAGGUCUACAUUGAGUUGUUUGACAUUAUAGAUGAAAACCUGAAGACUGCUUUGCAGAAAGAUCUUAAUGCUAUGGCACCUGGACUUACAAUACAGGCAGUCCGUGUUACCAAGCCAAAGAUCCCUGAAUCUAUCAGGAGGAACUUUGAACUCAUGGAAGCGGAGAAGACUCGUCUUUUAAUAACAGCUCAGACUCAGAGGGUGGUGGAAAAGGAAGCCGAGACUGAAAGGAAGAGGGCCAUUAUUGAGGCUCAGAAAGUGGCCCAGGUAGCAGAGAUUCAGUUCCAACAGAAGGUGAUGGAGAAAGAGACGGAGAAGAGGAUCUCUGAAAUAGAGGAUGCUGCCUUCAUGGCGAGGGAGAAGGCUCGGGCUGAUGCAGAAUAUUACACUGCUGCCAAGUUCGCUGAAGCAAACAUGUUGAAGUUAACCCCAGAGUACCUGGAGCUGAUGAAGUACCAGGCCAUAGCAGCUAACAGUAAGAUCUACUUUGGCCAGGACAUUCCGAACAUGUUUGUAGAGGGAACCACCAGCCCCCCUAAGUCUGGGCGCUCCGCUCAUCUGUCCAAUACUCAACCAGACUUGGUUAGAGGGAAGCCAGAGGGACAGUGAGCCCACAUCUCUGCCUCUGCACAGGACAGGGGAACCUGAUGGGGACUGUCUGUGAGUUGGAGAGCACUGAACUGAAGAUGAAGGGUGGGAUAGCUUUGCGGCUAGUUUGGUGAAUAAUGCACUUCACUCUUAAAUCUAAAUGGCAAAGAAAGAGUGGGGAAAAUUAAAGGACAAGCAGAAGUGAGAGCGGGGAAAGGCAAGAUAAAAGGGAAAGUUUUUUUUACCUUCCACUCUUUGGGGGAAUAUGAGUUUUAGGAAUGAGAAUGAUGCCAUAGUUAAAAAUCAAAAGCAUAAUAAAUGCUUAUGCCUGGGAAGGCGACUGCAAGUAGUCGCCUUAAUUUACAUGUGCUUGCAACCAGUGCGUUGUUUAACUUUGCUGUCGGAUCUGCAGUAAUUUUGUUUGUUGAAUGCAAGAGGAGUGAUUUUUGAGAAUUAAUUUCUAGUUGAGCUGAACUGGAAUCUAACAGGUGACACUAAUUAAUUAAAAGCGGUAUGGUUUGUGUAAGUGUGUAACGUGGGUAGGUCAUCUCCGUGCCAUCUUCUCUUCCACUAAAUCACUAGUUCUCUCUCAACAUGAGUCAGUGUGAGGACUGUUUAGUCACACCUCAUAUCAAAUGCUGCUUGUGGAUGAACUAAACAUAGUUAUGACAGGUUACAUAGUAGUGAGCAUUACACAUUGGUCGUUCACAACAUUUCCAGCUGGCUGAAAUCAUCAAUCAUUACAAAGGAGUUGUGAUUUUUUUAUUUUUUUUUUAAAGGAUAACGUCCUUGAGACAAGUGGCCUGUUAAAUUUUCACCUGAGAUUGCAUAAAGUUAAACACAAACCUACAGACACUGGAGUCUCUGACGUUGGAGGGCUGUCUUUGUGAUCACAGUUUCUAUAGUUAAUAUAAAGUAGUGUCAGGUUGGUGGUAGUGUAGAUUAUUUUUAGCGUGGUGAUAGUUUGCUGUUAGUAGUUGUGGGUGCGAGUGCAGCUGCCUCAGGAAGACUUGAGAUGCUGCAGAGACCUGCUGUGGCAUUUACUGUGAGAAAAAAAGGUUCUAGUGCUGCCAAUAGAAAAUCUGAUUUUCUCCUCUUAAAGUGAAUUUAAGUUAUUUAAUAUGGGAGUGUAACAGUAAAGCAGUAUAAUGAUAGUGCCACAGGGGGAAGUCAUGAUUUGGAUUCCUUGUCAAGAAGUCAGCACAUCUUUCUUUCUUCCAUCUGGUUUUGAUUAUUAGGCCCAUGCAUGUGGAAGUGUGUAGUGGCUUGAUUCAGAUGAUCAGUAGUGCCUGCGAUUGUCUGCCAACUCUGUUACACAGCUUAUUUGGAUGUGGUGAAAUGUAAAUUCUCAGGAAAUUUGCCUUUUCAUUUGAUUAAAACAGCUGCUCAGUAGAGUGCUGCAGGGAUGACUCCUAAAACCCAGGAAGAGAUAGCAUUUAGCACCCAGUUCCCUUGUCCUGAAGUCAAUAGGUUUUUUUUCGUGGUGGUGGUGGUGGUUGGAUCAAAUGCCUGAAACAAGGUCUGUGGUUAAUUCAAACUAACAUGGUUUCACAUUUUGUUCUAUGACAUGAAAUACAUCAGUAAACAGCUGUUACAUGUCUUAAAAAAUGGAUUCGUUAGCAUGUGACUAAAUAAGACUACAGAACGUCAUCACACCAAACACGGCUUUACAGCCUUGCGGUGGUAGUGAUGAUGAGGUCAUAGCCUAACUUAAGCUUUUUACUUCUGGUGAUUGCAUUUAUGCUUCAAAAAUCAUAAAACCGUGUUCAUUUAUGAGGAUUAUCUUGCUGCACAAGACAUGUGAGUAUCAUAAACGGUUGUUUGCCACAGAGCUUAUUUCAUACAAUAAUCCAAUUGAAAAAUCCCAGUAGCUUUGUGACAAGGGAACCAGGGCGAUUCUAACUUCCAGGCUGGCCUACAAAUAAACAUCCCUGCAGCACCCUGUUGAACAGAGCGUAUGCCCUUAAAAGUCAAUCAAAAAUUGUGCCAGAAAAAAUAAAAGUUCUUAAUUAAAUCUGGUGACACACAAAUGGAAACAGUGAAAAGAAAAUAACUAUUUGACUAAAAAAUAAGCAAAGCAAUGAUUUAAUUUCACUAGAAUGAAACUUUGUGUCUUCUGGAAAUACUUAAGGUGACAUUUUUAGUGCGCCGUAACCAUUGUGAUGCACCAUCUAUCUACAGUGGGUGUCUGUGACAUUGAAUAUUAUGAGCAUGUCGGUCUGUCAGAAUAAUAUGAAGUUCCUUUCCACAGUCAAUGUUUACAUUUUUCUGUAAUUAAAGAAUUGAUCGACGGCAAAGUUUUCAGUCUGGCAACACACAGCUCCUAAAUACAGCGGUGACUUACUGUUAAGUGAGAAUUUUGUUUAACCUUUGAUGAGUUUUGUGUGAUGAUAUGAAUUCCAGUACAACACAACAACAAGCUUUGCUCUGAUUAAAGAAUGAAUGUUGAUCGAGCUUGGGCUUAAAUAAGAUGCAAGUUGGUGCUAGUUUUUAUUGUGUUUAAGCUUUUGUAUUUUGUUCGGCUCUACUAUAUGAUACUUCCACUAUUCAGAAUGCAAGCCUUAAAUAAUAAUGGGUCACCCCAGACUUAAAGAUUCAGUGAUUCUAAUAAACUUAAAAGCUCCAUUUGAACUUAACUGUGAGACUAUUUAAGAGCUUGUUUGUACAUACUGAACUGUAUGGCCUCAUCAUAGACUCUAGCUGAGAAAGACAGAAUAAGCAGUGGACACUAUGAGUGUUUGGAAGAUGUCGUGACGUUUACUUGACCUAUGAAUGACAGUGAAAGGCUGCACUCGGCAUUUGCUUUGGUGGUGGGCUCAAAUAAAGAUGCAAAGAGGGGUAUGAAUCACUCAUGAAAAUGAUUUUUUUGUCGAUAUUUUGUACAAUCUGUGAAAUUUAAACAUUGUCUCCUUGUUUUAAAAGGUUUAUAUGCAAAAAUGUUUUCAAGUUUUGACAAUGUUCUUAUGUAAAAUAAAACCUAUUUUGGUAUCUCUCUUCUC